GUGCAUAAAUUACACGAACAAAAUACAUAGAACAGAGGGAGAAGUAAGAUUUGAUUUCUUUUAUAUCCGACUUUGUUGUGUUUAGGAAUUUUUUAUUUCCCCUCCUUUUUUUUCCUGAAUUUGCACUGUUAAGUGUUAACCAGUUCUUCAUCCUCGCGCCGCCGCCUUCGAGCCACACAGUGACCGUACGCUGCUGCCCCAUAUUUAUCCUCAUUGAUGUUGAGAAGCUGCUUUUUAUGUCAUAAUGGGCUUUGAGAGUCUGAAGUUUGGAAAUGGGCCCAAGGAGCUUGGUGGCUCUGUUGAUCUCAUAAGUCACUACAAACUUUGGCCUCAUCAUGAAUUCUUCUGCAAGAAAUCACUUCCAUUGUCAAUAUCAGAGACAAAUUACCUUCAUAAUGUCGUAGGAGAUAGAGAAAUAAGAAAAGGAGAUGGAAUGGAGCUGGAUCAAUUGUUUCAGGAUGUUACACUACCCAGAAAGCAAAAUCGAUGCAUUCAUCCAUUUGGCUUAGAUGUCUUGACAGAUGUCUUUCAUAUGCAGGAAGCUUCAGCUGCUAAAUUGUCUUCACCAGAUAGAGGAACUCCUACCGCUGUUUUGAUGUUAGGAAACAAAGCCAAGGAGAGACGCCACAAGAAAGAUAGAAAAGGGGAAAAGCAUAAAAGUAAACAACUUAAAUUGCACAAGCAUCAAUCAAAGCGUAACAUUGAUGAUGAAGCUAGGGGAAAGAACACUAUUAGAUUUCAGAACAAUGGUCCUGAUCCCUUGAAGAACCGAGAAAAGAAGAGGCAGCGUGAUGGGAGUCAGCAUGAUUCAAGUCAGUAUGCUUCACGUGCAUCCACAGGCAUGAAGUAGAAGAGGUUUGGAUAAAAGGGCCUCAUCUUAAGUAGACACCUUAAUCGGCAGCAGAUUUGCUUCUGGGAUUUUAACUCACAAACUGAAGUUUUCCAGUUGAAUCGAUUAUCAGAGUACAUCUUGUUCUGUCAUUCUUGUUUUGGAAUUUCUGGUACAGUAAGCAACGAGUUUCCUUUCAAGUCUCUUCUCUAAUGCUGUUGUAUUUUGAAUAUUAUCCAUCGUUCUCUGUACCAAGUUGUGUUUUUUAUGACGACCUUCUAUUGACAAUGAAGAUACGUCUGAGGUAUUUUGUGACGGUGCCUUGCAAUUAUAUUGGAUAUGGAUAUAAUUUUGGAAA